AUGAAUAACACCAGGGCCCACUUACCCAUCUCCCUGAACAAUGGGACCCUUUGGCUCUAUCAGAGCGGCACCUCCCUCGUCCUCCGCACUGACUUCAACCUCAGCAUGUCCUAUGACUGGAACAACCACCUGAGGAUCACCGUCCCCAAUGACUUCUCCGACAGCCUGUGCGGCCUGUGUGGCAACUAUAAUGGGGACCCCUCCGAUGACUUCCAGACCCCAGACGGGGACCUGGCUCCCAGUGUCGCCGCCCUGGGGAAAAGCUGGGCAGUGGAAGAUGAGGAUCAGUUUUGCUGGCACGAUUGCAUUGGAGGUUGCAGGCCCUGUGCCGCCAGCAUAGCCAGAAAGUACAAGGAAGAGGCCUCGUGCGGCCUGAUAGCCAAGGUCUCAGAUGGGCCCUUCAGCCAGUGCCACACCAAGGUGGAUCCUACAGUCUACUUGGACAACUGCGUGUACGAUCUGUGCCACAGCGACGGCUACAGGAAGGCCCUGUGUGAGGCCCUGAAGGCCUAUGUGGAUGCCUGCCAGCUGGAGGGGGUCAGGAUUGGGGAAUGGAGGCAGCUGGCCAGAUGCCUUUUCAAGUUCAUCCAGAUCUUCUCGUAUGACAUUCCGGUCUUCCUCCGUAUUGCCAUGGAGUGCCCGCUGGAGAACAGCCAGUACCAGCUCUGUGGAACAGCCUGCCCAGCCACGUGUGUGGAUCAGUCAGCCCCUAGCAGCUGCCAAGACCCCUGUGUGGAAAGCUGCCAGUGCAAGGACGGUUUUGUGCUGAGCCAGGGCAAAUGCAUCCCCAAGAGCAGCUGUGGGUGCCAGUUUGAAGGGCGCCCCUAUGACCCCAAUGUGAGUUUCUGGGUCGAUGAGGUAUGUGGGAUACGGUGCAUGUGCAAUGCAGCCACUAGACAAGUCGAAUGCGUGGCCUCUACAUGCAAACACUCAGAGAGGUGCGGGCUAGUGAACGGCGUACGGGGCUGUUACCCCUCCAGCUACGCCACCUGCUCUGUGACAAGGAAUCUGCACUACACCACCUUUGAUGGACAGAGAUACGACUUCCAAGGCACCUGCCGCUACCAGCUCGCGGCCCUGUGCAAGAAGGCGGAGGGACUAGUGGACUUUGGAGUCUACUUCCAGGAGAACAAUACCGCUCCUCUACAGAUCAAGGUUUAUCAGACCAACCUCAGGCUCAGCAAUCAAUUCCCUGGGAAAGUCCUGAUGAAUGGUUUCCUGAUUAACCUUCCCUUCAACCUCAAUGAUAAGAAAACCACUGUGUAUAGAAAGGGCUGGGCCACAGUGAUCCAGACAGACUUUGGUCUCACCGUUACCUAUGCCGGGUGGUCAGGACGCAUCACGGUCACUCUGCCAGUCACCUACACGGGAGCCGUGUGUGGUCUGUGUGGCAACUUCAACAGGGACAGGGAGGAGAACUUGCUCAUGAGGGAUGGCACGCUGGCACCAAGCCCAGUCAGCUUUGGCCAGAGCUGGAAGGUGGGCGACCUCCGGGGAUGCUCUGCAGUAACGAUACCCCCAUGCGCAAGUGUAGAGGCUAUUGAAAAACAACAACGAGGUAGCAGAGGACAGUGUGGGAUCAUCCUAGACAAGAAUGGCCCCUUCAGAGGAUGUCACAGCAAAGUGGACCCCCAUGGAUUCUUCAUAGACUGCGUGUACGGCUAUUGCAUCCUCAGUGGGCAGGAGAGUAACGUCUGCCAGGCCGUUGCUGGCUAUUCCGAGGCAUGUCAGGAAGCUGGAGCUGUGGUGCAUCCCUGGAGGACGACAAAGUUCUGCUCUCCGUCCUGUCCCCUGAACAGUCACUACGAAUUCUGCAGCAGCAGCUGCGAUCUGACAUGCAGCAACCUCUAUGCCCCGGUGCAAUGCACGACCCAGUGUAAGGAAGGCUGCGUGUGUGACGAGGGCUUUGUUCUCAGUGGUGACCACUGCGUCCCCUUUUCCCAGUGCGGAUGCCUCCACUGGGGACUUUACUACCAUGCCGGGGAGACCUUCCACCCGAGCGGUUCAUGCGAGGAGCAGUGCGUGUGUCUGGCUGGUGGGGAGGUUGUGUGUAAGGCAUUCUCCUGCGGCACUGGUGAGCAAUGCAGGGUGGUGGACGGCGUCCAGAAAUGCCACCCAUUUGGAUCUGCGACCUGUUCUGCCUCUGGCCAUUCCCACUACCUCUCUUUCGAUGGGGUCCCCUUUGACUUUCAAGGCACCUGCACCUACAUCCUGGCCAAGACCUGCGCCGAUGCCAGUCACCUUACACCAUUCACUAUCAGUGUAGAGAAAGAAGACUGGGGCAGCGGGAACAUCUCCAUGGCCAAGCUGGUAUCCAUCCAGGUGUAUGGGAUCACACUCACCCUGCUGCAGAACAAACAGGGGCUCAUCAUGGUGGACGGGGUAUCCCACAAUCUCCCCGUGAUAAUGGUCAAUGGGCAGCUCCGAGCAUAUCAACACGGCACUAAUGUCCUGGUGCAAACUGACUUUGGCCUCACUGUGAGCUACGACUUGGUUUACCAGGCCAGAGUCACCAUCCCAGGGACCUACCAGGGCCAGACGUGUGGCCUGUGCGGGAACUACAAUGGACAGCAGGACGAGGAGUUCCUGCUCCCCAGUGGUAGGACAGUCCCUGAUGUGGCAGCAUUUGGCUCUGCUUGGGAAGUCGAGAUCCCAGGAGCAUCCUGUACAGACAGAUGUGCUGGAAACAGCUGUCCAGUUUGCGAAGAGAAGAAGAAGGAGGUCUUCAAAGGGCGCAACUACUGUGAGCAGCUCACAGACCCCAACGGCCCCUUCGCGGCCUGCCACAGCGUGGUCAGCCCCAGCGUGUAUCAGAGCAACUGUCUGUACGAUGUGUGCCUGGGAAACGGGGAUGCACAGGUCCUGUGCCAGAGCAUCCACAGCUACGUGACGGCCUGCCAAGAGGCUAAGGUCACCAUCCAGCCCUGGAGGAGCGCCUCCUUCUGCGCUGUGAGCUGCCCGGUUAACAGCCACUACGAGGUCUGCGCUGACCUCUGUACCACCACCUGCUCUGGAGACAUCCUAGACUGCCCAGAGACCUGUGCUGAAGGCUGCCAGUGUGACGAGGGCUUCCUCUUCGAUGGCCAGGGCUGUGUGACUCUGCAGAGCUGUGGGUGCUUCGAGCAUGGGAGAUAUUACAAGCCCAGUGAGACAGUCCUGAGAAAUGAGUGCCAGCAAAACUGCACUUGCGUUCCUGCCCGAGGGGUGACUUGCAAAGCUCACAGCUGCACCAGUGGAGAAAAAUGCCAGAUCAGAGACGGCGUCAUGGACUGCAUCAGCCAAGAUAUUCCAAAGCCAUCGUGCAGUGUGGUCCGCUGUAGGGAAGGAACUAUUUGCAAGAUGAUAAAUGAGCAGCCAAAGUGUGUGCCAGUCUCUCGGGGCAAGUGCAGGGCCAGGGGAUACUUUCAUUACCACACCUUCGAUGGAUGGGCGUAUGAUUUCCAUGGCAACUGCACCUACACGGUGGCCAAGACCUGCAGGGAUGCUUCCGGCCUGCCCUCCUUCCAUGUCAUGGCCAAGAGUGAGAACAGUGGGAACACACAGGUUUUCUACGUUGGGUCGGUGACUGUCCAGGUGGAUGGAGUCACCGUCACAGCAGCCAGGGCUGAAGCCGGCUUUGUGUGGGUGAAUAACACCAGGGCCCACUUACCCAUCUCCCUGAACAAUGGGACCCUUUGGCUCUAUCAGAGCGGCACCUCCCUCGUCCUCCGCACUGACUUCAACCUCAGCAUGUCCUAUGACUGGAACAACCACCUGAGGGUCACCGUCCCCAAUGACUUCUCCGACAGCCUGUGCGGCCUGUGUGGCAACUAUAAUGGGGACCCCUCCGAUGACUUCCAGACCCCAGACGGGGACCUGGCUCCCAGUGUCGCCGCCCUGGGGAAAAGCUGGGCAGUGGAAGAUGAGGAUCAGUUUUGCUGGCACGAUUGCAUUGGAGGUUGCAGGCCCUGUGCCGCCAGCAUAGCCAGAAAGUACAAGGAAGAGGCCUCGUGCGGCCUGAUAACCAAGGUCUCAGAUGGGCCCUUCAGCCAGUGCCACACCAAGGUGGAUCCUACAGUCUACUUGGACAACUGCGUGUACGAUCUGUGCCACAGCGACGGCUACAGGAAGGCCCUGUGUGAGGCCCUGAAGGCCUACGCGGACGCCUGUCAGCUGGAGGGGGUCAGGAUUGGGGAAUGGAGGCAGCUGGCCAGAUGCCUUUUCAAGUUCAUCCAGAUCUUCUCGUAUGACAUUCCGGUCUUCCUCCGUAUUGCCAUGGAGUGCCCGCUGGAGAACAGCCAGUACCAGCUCUGUGGAACAGCCUGCCCAGCCACGUGUGUGGACCAGUCAGCCCCUAGCAGCUGCCAAGACCCCUGUGUGGAAAGCUGCCAGUGCAAGGACGGUUUUGUGCUGAGCCAGGGCAAAUGCAUCCCCAAGAGCAGCUGUGGGUGCCAGUUUGAAGGGCGCCCCUAUGCCCCCAAUGUGAGUUUCUGGGUCGAUGAGGUAUGUGGGAUACGGUGCAUGUGCAAUGCAGCCACUAGACAAGUCGAAUGCGUGGCCUCUACGUGCAAACACUCAGAGAGGUGCGGGCUAGUGAAUGGCGUACGGGGCUGUUACCCCUCCAGCUACGCCACCUGCUCUGUGACAAGGAAUCUACACUACACCACCUUUGAUGGACAGAGAUACGACUUCCAAGGCACCUGCCGCUACCAGCUCACGGCCCUGUGCAAGAAGGCGGAGGGACUAGUGGACUUUGGAGUCUACUUCCAGGAGAACAAUACCGCUCCUCUACAGAUCAAGGUUUAUCAGACCAACCUCAGGCUCAGCAAUCAAUUCCCUGGGAAAGUCCUGAUGAAUGGUUUCCUGAUUAACCUUCCCUUCAACCUCAAUGAUAAGAAAACCACUGUGUAUAGAAAGGGCUGGGCCACAGUGAUCCAGACAGACUUUGGUCUCACCGUUACCUAUGCCGGGUGGUCAGGACGCAUCACGGUCACUCUGCCAGUCACCUACACGGGAGCCGUGUGUGGUCUGUGUGGCAACUUCAACAGGGACAGGGAGGACAACUUGCUCAUGAGGGAUGGCACGCUGGCACCAAGCCCAGUCAGCUUUGGCCAGAGCUGGAAGGUGGGUGACCUCCGGGGAUGCUCUGCAGUAACGAUACCCCCAUGCGCAAGUGUAGAGGCUAUUGAAAAACAACAACGAGGUAGCAGAGGACAGUGUGGGAUCAUCCUAGACAAGAGUGGCCCCUUCAGAGGAUGUCACAGCAAAGUGGACCCCCAUGGAUUCUUCAUAGACUGCGUGUACGGCUAUUGCAUCCUCAGUGGGCAGGAGAGUAACGUCUGCCAGGCCGUUGCUGGCUAUUCCGAGGCAUGUCAGGAAGCUGGAGCUGUGGUGCAUCCCUGGAGGACGACAAAGUUCUGCUCUCCGUCCUGUCCCCCGAACAGUCACUACGAAUUCUGCAGCAGCAGCUGCGAUCUGACAUGCAGCAACCUCUAUGCCCCGGUGCAAUGCACGACCCAGUGUAAGGAAGGCUGCGUGUGUGACGAGGGCUUUGUUCUCAGUGGUGACCACUGCGUCCCCUUUUCCCAGUGCGGAUGCCUCCACUGGGGACUUUACUACCAUGCCGGGGAGACCUUCCACCCAAGCGGUUCAUGCGAGGAGCAGUGCGUGUGUCUGGCUGCUGGGGAGGUUGUGUGUAAGGCAUUCUCCUGCAGGUCUGGUGAGGAAUGCGGGGUGGUGGACGGCAUCCAGAAAUGCCACCCAUUUGGAUCUGUGACCUGUUCUGCCUUUGGCCAUCCCCACUACCUCUCUUUCGACGGGGUCCCCUUUGACUUCCAAGGCACCUGCACCUACAUCCUGGCCAAGACCUGCACUGAUGCCAGUCACCUUACACCAUUCACUAUCAGUGUAGAGAAAGAAGAUUGGGUCACUAGGAAUGUGUCCAUGGCCAAGCUGGUGUCCAUCCAGGUGUAUGGCAUCACACUCACCCUGCUGCAGAGCAAACAGGGGCUCAUCAUGGUGGACGGGGUGUCCCACAACCUGCCUGUGAUUGUGGCCGAUGGGCAGCUCCGGGCAUAUCAGCAUGGCGGGAACGUACUGGUGCAAACUGACUUUGGCCUCACUGUGAGCUACGACCUGGUUUACCAGGCCAGAGUCACAGUCCCGGGGAGCUACCAUGGCCGGAUGUGCGGCCUGUGUGGGAACUACAAAGGGCAGCAUGAUGAUGAGUUCCUGCUCCCUGAUGGCAGGGUGGCCCCUGACACUGCAUCCUUCGGGUCUGCCUGGGAAGUUCAGAUCCCAGAGGCAUCCUGUACAGACAGAUGUGCUGGGAACAGCUGUCCGGUCUGUGAGGAGGAGAGGAAAGAUGUCUUCAAAGAGCACAACAACUGCGGGCUGCUCACAGCCCCUGACGGCCCCUUCACCGCCUGCCAUGGCAUGGUCAGCCCCAGCGUGUAUUUCAGCAACUGCCUGUAUGAUGUGUGCCUGGGCAACGGGGACUCCCAGGUCCUGUGCCAGAGCAUCCACAGCUACGUGACGGCCUGCCAAGAGGCCGGGGCCCCCAUCCAGCCCUGGAGGAGCGCCUCCUUCUGCCCUCUGACCUGCCCAGCCAACAGCCACUAUGAGGUCUGUGCCGACCUCUGCACCACCACCUGCACUGGAGACAUCAUGGACUGCCCGGAGACCUGUGCUGAAGGCUGCCAGUGUGACAAGGGCUUCUUCUUCAACGGCCAGGGCUGUGUGACUCUGGAGAGCUGUGGGUGCUUCGAGCGUGGGAGAUACUACAAGCCCAGAGAGAUCAUCCUGAUGAACAAGUGCCAGCAGAGCUGCACCUGCGUUCCUGCCCGAGGGGUGACCUGCAAAGCCCACAACUGUACCAGAGAAGAAACCUGCCAGAUCAGAGCCGGUAUCAUGGGCUGCAUCAGCAAAGAUCCCUGCAAAGCCUUGAAAUGCCGGAUCAAGGAGACAUGCAAAAUUGAAGAUGGCCAAGAGGCAUGUGUUCCUGCCUACACUGGAAUCUGCCUGGGCUCAGGGGAUGCACAGUACCAAACUUUUGAUGGCCUGAAGUUUGACUUGCAGGGCACCUGUAAGUACACCAUCACUAAAUACUGUGGCAGUGACCCUACCCUGGAGUCCUUCACCGUUGAUGAGAAGAAUGACAAAAGGGGGAACCAGGAUAUCUCCUUUUGGCAGGUGACCAAUAUCUACGUCUAUGGGUACAACAUCUCCAUCUACAAGAGGGAAGUUGGCAAAGUCCGGCUGAACAGUGUGAUCACCAGUCUCCCAGUGAUGCUGAAAGACGGUAAAAUCAGACUGUACCAGAAAGACCUCAGCACCGUCCUGCAGACGGACUUCGGCCUCCAGAUCACAUAUGACAAAAAUUGGCAUGUAGUGAUCACCCUCCCCAGCAGCUAUUAUGGGGCCACGUGUGGCCUAUGUGGGAACUUCAACCAGAAUCCAGAAGACGACAUGACAUCAUCCAAUGGCACCAGAGUCUCCUCCAUCGUAGGCUGGGCUGCCAGUUGGAAAGUCCAAGACCGGGAUCCCAUUUGCUGGGAUUAUUGCCAAGACAACACUUGUCCAAUGUGUGAUGAGAACAAGAGAGAUCUGUAUGGGGAUGACAGUCACUGUGGGGUGAUCAGUAAAGCACUGGGAGGGCCCUUCAGAGAGUGUCACUCCAGGGUGAGCGCCGAUGACUUCUUUGACAGCUGCAUCUAUGAUAUGUGUCUGAAUGAGGGGGACAAGAGCAUUCUGUGUGAGGCGCUGGAGGCCUACGCGAAUGCCUGCAGGAAGCAUGGGGUCACUGUCGAUGACUGGAGGACGUCGACCAGUUGUGAUGUCUGCGAAGCUCUGAAAUGCCGGACCAAAGAGACAUGCCGGACUGAGGAUGGCCACACAGCGUGUAUUCCUGACUACAAGGGAACCUGCUUGGGCUCAGGGGACAUGCACUACCAAACUUUUGAUGGUCUGAAGUUUGACUUCCAGGGCACCUGCACCUACACCCUGGCCAAAUACUGUGGGAGCGACGCCACCCUGGAGCCUUUCACCAUUGAUGAGAAGAAUGACAAUAGGGGGAGCCAGGAUAUCUCCUUUCUGCGGGUGACCAACAUCUACAUCUAUGGGUACAACAUCUCCAUCUACAAGAGGGAAGUUGGCAAAGUCCGGCUAAACGGUGUGAUCACCAGUCUCCCGGUGAUGCUGAAAGAUGGUAAAAUCAGACUGUACCAGAAAGGCCUCAGCACCGUUAUGCAGACGGACGUUGGUCUCCGGGUGGGGUACAACAAGAACUGGCAUCUGGAAAUCACCCUCCCCAGCAGCUAUUAUGGUGCCAUGUGCGGUCUUUGUGGGAACUUCAACCAGAACCCAGAAGACGACAUGAUGUCCUCCAACGGCAUCAAAGUCUCCUCCAUCGUGGGCUGGGCUGCCAAGUGGAAAGUCCAAGACCGGGACCCCUUUUGCUGGGAUUAUUGCCAAGAGACUUGCCCAAUGUGUGAUGAGAACAAGAGAGAUCUGUAUGGGGAUGACAGUCAUUGUGGGGUGAUCCGUAAAGCACCGGGAGGGCCCUUCAGAGAGUGUCACUCCAGGGUGAGCCCUGACGACGUAUUUGACAACUGUAUUUAUGACGUGUGUCUGAAUGAGGGGAACAAGACCAUUCUGUGUGAGGCGCUGGAGAGCUACGAGGACUCCUGCAGGGACCAUGGAGUCACUGUCUAUGACUGGAGGACUCCAUCCAGCUGUGAUGAAUUUGGAGAUUGGAAUUCUGUCAAAACAGGUGGCAAUGGGACUAAUUCUACAGUUUACCCUGUUGAUGGAGGGGAUGAAAUCUGCAAAGCCCUGAAAUGCCAGACCAAGGAGUUAUGCAAGACAGAGGAUGGCCACGCGACAUGUGUUCCCGACUACGUGGGAACUUGCUGGGGCUGGGGGGACCCACAUUAUCACACCUUUGAUGGCCUGAAGUUUGACUUCCAGGGCACCUGCACCUACACCAUUGCCAAGUACUGUGGCCAUGACCCCUUCCUGGAGCCCUUUACCAUCGAUGAGAAGAAUGAUAACAGGGGGAGCCAGGCCAUCUCCUUUCUACGUGUGACCAACAUCUAUGUCUAUGGAUACAACAUCUCCAUCUACAAGAGGGAAGUUGGCAAAGUCCGGCUAAAUGGCGUGAUCACCAAUCUCCCAGUGACACUGUCAGAAGGUAAAAUCAGAGUGUACCAGAGCGGCUUCCGCGCCGUCCUGCAGACGGACUUUGGUCUCCGGGUGGCAUACAACUGGGACUGGCAUCUGGUGAUCACCCUCCCCAGCAGUUAUUAUGGGGCCACGUGUGGCCUAUGUGGGAACUUCAACCAGAACCCUGAAGAUGACAUGACGUCAGCCAGCGGCACCAGAGUCUCCUCCAUCGUGGGCUGGGUUGCCAGUUGGAAAGUCCAAGACCAGGAUACCUUUUGCUGGGAUUCCUGCCAAGAGAACUGCCUGACAUGUGAUGAGAGCACAAGGGAGCUGUACGGGAGCGACAGUCACUGUGGGUUGAUCAGCAAAGCACCGGGAGGGCCCUUCAGAGAGUGUCACUCCAGAGUAAACUCCACUGAGUUCUUUGAUAGCUGCAUCUAUGACGUGUGUCUGAACAGGGGCGCUACAAAAAUCUUGUGCCAGGCGCUGGAGGCCUACGCAGCAACCUGCAGAGACCACGGGGUCACCGUCUAUGACUGGAGGAUGCCAUCUGGCUGUGCCCUGCCCUGCCCUGAGAACAGCCACUAUGAGGCCUGUGGGAAUGCCUGCCCCGCCAGCUGCUCUGACCGAACUGCCUACUCCUCCUGCCGGGAGCCCUGCGUGGAGACCUGCCAGUGUAAUGACGGUUACGUCCUCAGUGCUGACAAGUGCGUCCCCCUGGGGAGCUGCGGCUGUGACUACAACGGCCACUACUACAAACCCAGUGAGGAGUUCUGGGACGAUGAGAACUGCCACUCUCGGUGCAGUUGUGACUCCAGCCUGGGCACAGUGGUUUGCAGAAAGACCAGUUGCAAGGCCAAAGAAAGAUGCUCCGUGGUCAAUGGGGUCCGUGGCUGCCAUACGAUCAGCUACUCCACCUGCAUAGGUACUGGAGACCCUCACUACACCACCUUUGAUGGGAAAAAGUAUGAUUUCAUGGGCACCUGCAUCUACCAGUUUGCGGCUCUCUGCUCUGAGGACCCCACACUCACCCCGUUCAAUGUCAAAGUGGAGAACAACAACCGAGGCAGUAAGGCUGUGUCCUUCACCAAAAGGGUGACCUUAGAGGUCUACAACGUGACCAUCAGCUUGAGCCAGGAGCAUCCACGCAAGAUCCAGGUCAAUGGUGUCUUUGUGGACCUGCCCUUUUCCCACCAGCACAAGUUCAAGGCCUACAUCAGUGGAGUCCACGGCUUUAUCCAGACUGACUUCGACCUGAGAGUGAGCUUUGACUGGUACAGCUACGCCAGGAUCAUCCUACCCAAUACGUACGCCAACGCCGUCUGCGGCCUCUGUGGCAAUGCCAACCAGGACCCCAGCGAUGAUCUGACCAUGAAGGAUGGAACUCAGACAUCUGAUGAGAUUCAGUUCGCAGAGAGCUGGAAGGUGGGGGAGGUCCCAGGGUGCUCGUCUAGCUGCACCGGGGACUGCUUAGUCUGCAGUGAGGCUCAGAAACAAACCUACAAGGGAGACCAGUACUGCGGGAUCCUCACCCGAGGGGACGGGCCAUUCAGGCAGUGCCACGGGGCCAUCGACCCAGCUCCCUUCUUCAAUGAUUGUCUCUAUGACACGUGCCAGUACAAGGGUCACCAGGACACUCUGUGCAGCGCCAUCAGCGCCUACGUCACAUCCUGCCAGGCCAGGGGCAUCCGGAUAGGGCAGUGGAGAUCGGCCUCAUUCUGCCGACCCACCUGCCCCCUUAACUCUCACUAUGAACUCUGUGGAAUCAGCUGCCCUUCCAACUGCAACGACCUGUGGGCUCUAGAGCAGUGUGAGAAGCCCUGUGCUGAAGGGUGUUUCUGUGAUGCUGGAUUCACCCUGAGUGGUGAGAAGUGCAUCCCUGUCGCACAGUGCGGCUGUGUGCACAAGGCCGUGUAUUACAGCAAGGGAGAGGAGUUCUACCCCAGCGCCUCCUGCCAGGAGCGCUGCCUAUGCAAAGACAAUGGGGUCGUCGAGUGCCAGGAGGCCUCCUGUGGAGCCAACGAGGAGUGCAGGGUGGAGAACGGAGUCCUGGGCUGCCACGCCACGGGAUAUGGAACAUGCGUCGCAUCUGGUGGACCUCACUACAUCUCCUUUGACGGACGGGCCUUUGACUUCCAGGGCUCCUGCACUUACACCUUAGCCAAAGUCUGCAGCAGAGACUCUGGACUGGGGAACUUCUCUGUGGUGGUGGAGAAUGAGAGCCCUGGUGGUGGCCACAUGGCUGUGACGAGGACAGUGGUGGUGUCGCUGCAUGGUUACACCAUCGCCAUGGAGAGGGGGAGGAAGUGGAAGAUUGCGGUGGGUGGUGAGCUCUACACCCUCCCACUGGCUAUGGAUGAUGGGAAACUUUGGAUUGACCAAAAGGGGAACAACAUCAUUGUCCAAUCAGCCUCUGGCCUCAAAAUCUUUUACGACACUGCCUCCUACCUCCUAGUGUCCGUCCCCAGCACUUAUAAGGGACAUGUGUGCGGCUUGUGUGGCAACUUUAACGAUGACAAGAACGAUGAUCUCCUGCUGCCCAGUGUGAAGAGUACCCAGAAUGUGGAUGAAUUUGUCACCUCCUGGAAGGUGCCUGUUGAUGCUGCCACAUGCUCUGAUGGCUGUGGUGAGAAGUGCCCCGUCUGUGAUGCAGCCCAGACAGCGCCGUACCAGACUGAGAGCUCCUGUGGGUUGAUCACAGCCACCUCAGGUCCCUUCAGACACUGUCACUCAAUAAUCAGUCCUGUUGAGUACUUCAACCACUGUCUCUAUGACUUGUGUGCCACCAACGGAAGGGGAGAGACCCUCUGCCAGAGCCUGCAGGCCUAUGUGGCUGCAUGCCAAGCAGCUGGGGCCAAGAUGGAGACCUGGAGAACGGCCUCCUUCUGCCCACUCGCCUGCCCGGCGAACAGCCACUACGAGCUGUGUACCAGAUCCUGCAAUUUCACCUGUGCCAGCUUGUUUGCCCCUGCCCAAUGCACCGGGAAGUGCUUUGAAGGCUGCUGGUGUGAUCCAGAAUACGUGUCCGAUGGAGAGGCCUGCGUCUCCAUGGACAGGUGUGGGUGUGUGCACAACGGACGCUACAUCAAGGCCAGGGAGAGCUUUGUCUCCAGCAACUGCUCUGAGAAAUGCACCUGCCACGCUUCAGGCGAGGUCAUCUGUGAGGAAACAAACUGUACCGAAGAGGAGAAAUGCAUGCUCAGGAAUGGAGUGCGCAGCUGCGUGGAGCAGAUGGGCCGGUGCACGCUGGCCCCAGGAAUAUGGUUCACCUCCUUUGAUGGUGUCACAAGGGAAGUCCUCCUUGAUGGGGCCUACGAGGUGACUUCCCUCUGCGAAGGGGUCAACCUCCCCUUGUUCCGGAUGGUGGUCAGUGUGUUCAGAGAAGGUGGCUUGGCCGUUCCUGAAGGCAUCUCUGUUUUCUUCGACGAGGGUCUUAUCCAUGUCAAUAAGAAAAAGGAGAUUUGGGUUGGAGGGCACCAAAGGCAGCUCCCAGUGAAGGUGUCCGAAACCUUGUCUGUAAGUGAGUCUCAGGGCACCAUCAUGAUUGUCCAGGGCUCUAGAAUAAAGAUUCUGUUCAGCCUGAGCGGGGAGGUGACGGUGACAGUCAGCGAGAGCCUGGCUAACAAUCUGUGUGCACCUUGCGGGAACUUCAACGGCGACAUCUCCGAUGAGCUGCAGCUGCCCAGCGGGCAGGUCGUGGGGAACAUCACGGACGUGUUUGAAGCUUGGAGGGCAUGAAACCUCUCAAGAAGCGAUGUUUAAAAGCCACCUGAGCUGCAAUGGACCCCUGCCCCCUUUCCCUUCCCUGCAUUGGACUGGGCUGGCUGGUUACUCAGUAACAGGUCAUAGCUUAGCAUACAAACGUGUGUUCCUUCACGUAGGGCGCUCCCUGCAGCACGGAUGAGUUCAGUGGCGCCUGGUGCAUGACAGAAAAAUCUCAUCUGGACUUGUCAAUAGAGAAGUUUGCAAAGGAGUGUCUGAAGCAGCAGGCUCUGGCAUGCCUCAGGAAAUGGCUUUCGCAUCCCACUUGGAUCUGACUGUGCUAAGGACCCUU